AUGAGCGUUCUUCAGUACGCGGAAGACGCAGUGACGAUGAAUGCGGAGCAGAUGCAGAUAUGGGACAACGCGGCGUUCGACAAUGGCGAAUCGGAGGAUUCCAUGGCGGCCAAGGCUUCUUGGUGGUCUCAAUCCAUCGAUUCCAAUUCCUCCAGUAAGGAGAAUAUGAACCCGGCGUUUGACAAGUCUCCUGUUUCUCUCAAGCCUCCGAGUUUGGCCACACCGUUCAAGAUUAAGCCCAUCCUCCACCCGAAAACCCUCGCCGUCGUCAAUCCCCUCAAGGCGAAGCAGGGGAUUUUGUCUUCCAAGAUUUCGAUUCCGGAGGAGGGAGGAGAAGUAGUAGAAGAAGGGAAGGAUCGGGAUGAGAAGAAAAUAGAUUUGGAGAUUGAAUCGAUCGAGAAGGAGAUUCGGCGAUUGUCGACAAGACUCGACGCCCUCCGGCUGGAGAAGGCGGAGAGACAGCUUAAAACCGUCGAAAGAAAGGGAAGAGUUGUAGCGGCGAAGUUCAUGGAGCGGAGGCAGAGUGUGAAGUUUGAAGAACCGCCGCCAUUCCCUUCGAGUGUGAAGCCCACAAUUGGUCGGCGAGGUGUUAGUUUGGGGCCGGCGGAAAUCGCUACUAAAGCUAGGUUACUGAGCAAGCAAGAGAUGACCCCUGUUUCUUCCACUGCCAAUCGCCGGAAAUCUUGCUUCUGGAAGCUUGACGAGAUCGAUGAGCUGAAAAUGACAAAGGAAAGAGGGAAGAGCCAGAGCGUGAGUCCCAGAUCUCGCAAGACUGCAACCAAACCCCAGCCGCCGAAGCAGGCUCAGUCGACGGUGGGAUCCAAACGGCCGGUGAAGAAAGAAGAUGGAGUUCUGACCCUGAUCCAGCCCAAGACUCUCUUCAAAGAAGGCGAGAAAUCAGUCCCCAACAAGAAACCCUCGAAGCCAGGGCGGAUCGUGGCGAGCAGGUACAAUCAAAUCGCGACGAACCAGUCCACUGGGAGCUUGACGGAGGCUCGGAAGAGGUCUCUACCGGAGAGCGACAAAGAAGACGGAAACAAACGGCGGGCCUCUCGUGGGAAUGGAUUGAAUCAGAAAACCGAAAGCAUCAAAGUGAAGAAGAAGUGGGAGAUUCCAAGGGAAGUGGUGAUGUUCAAAGGGGAAGACGACAGUGUUGAUAAUGACUCAGAGGAAUCCCCUUCUUCUAUUUCUGCACUAAUCAGCGCCGACGACGGAUGGUUGCCCAAGAUCAGGACUGCUCGCCCUCGUUCCACGGCGGAGACUCCACGAGACUCGGGUGCGGCGAAAAGGGUAGCGGAUUUGGUGGGGACGAAGUCAUAUUUCGCCAUGGAUGAGGUCCAUGAAGAGGGUGGAUCCGUGUGCGUUGCCCUGCGCUUCGAGGAAUAG